UCAUAUAAAGGGCACUUGGUCGUGCAUAUAGUCCAUGUUCCCCAUCUUCCGACGUUACCUCCCUCUUACCAUUAUUUCCAGAAACUACACCCGAAUCAUGGCUGAAGCAUCCCAUAACGCGAAAUUCUCCGUCCAAAAUUUGUUCAAUGUCGAAGGCUGGGUCUGUGUCGUCACAGGCGGAGGCACAGGUAUAGGCCUCAUGCUCGCUCAGGCGUUUGCAAACAAUGGCGCAAAAGUUUACAUCACUAGUCGUCGUCAGGAUGUUCUGUCACACACUGCGAAACAAUGGGGUUCAUCACUCGCUCAUGAACGAGGGGAGAUUAUCCCUCUUCAGUGCGACAUUACCUCCAAACAGUCCAUUCAAAGCCUUGUCUCAGAGAUCUCGAAAAAGGAAAACCAUAUCGACUGCUUGGUGAACAAUGCCGGUAUCAGUCAGGGUAGUAGUGAUACCGACAAAGCAGAGGAAAGUGCUAAGGAGCUCUCUCAAGAGCUAUUUAGCGAAGAUAUUACUAGCUGGGAGAAUGUUUAUAGAACCAACGUCAUUGGAUAUUAUUUCUUGACAGCCGCAUUCCUUCCUCUUUUGAACGCAGCAACUAAAAGUCACAGUCAGCACACAGGCUCUGUUAUCAAUAUUUCCUCCAUAUCUGGAAUAACUCGCACGACUCAGCAUCACUUUAAAUACAAUGUGUCAAAGGCUGCUACCAUUCAUCUAAACACACUCCUCGCCCAGGAAUUUAGGAAGAAAGCCGUUCAAGUCAGAGUCAACAGUAUCGCUCCUGGGAUAUUCCCGUCGGAGAUGACAGCUGGAGGAUCCGAUGAAGUGAACAAGUCACAAAUUCCAACCGGAGAGGAUUAUGGGCAGAAGAAAGGUAUUCCGGCUGGCCGUCCAGGACGUGAUGAGGAUAUUGCUCAAGCUGCCCUCCUCCUGGCUUGCAACCAAUAUGCUUAUGGACAGACCAUUGCCAUCGACGGUGGCUACCUCUUGGAGCACCCUUGAGGUUCCUGGACCAAUGUAGGUCGAUGACCAUAAUCCGGGCGAGCGUCAUUUCUGUUAUCCGGUGUAACAAGGUGUAAUAAGUAAAACUAGCUUAAUUGUGUGCUCUCAGUGUUACUGUAAUCAUCGUCAUCCUUGCCAUUUGUAUCACUAUUUCUUUUGCCAACACUCCAACCAGCGUUGUAUAGAUCGGUAUUAUGUGAGAACAGUGUGUUGAACGU